UUUCAAUUCUAUUCGUUUGUUAGUUUAACAAAUUAGGGGUUCUGUGGGAAGAAUGAGGUGUUGAUGGUGCUGGGAGGAUGAAUACUUUCAAUGAAAUUGGAUCUGGCGAGCCCGAGCAGGAUGCUAAUUCAGCGCUCAUCGAACUGGACAAGGGUCUCCGCUCGAAAAACACAGGCGAGCGUUGCGAGGCAAUCGUCCGCUUCCCCCGGCUCUUCGAAAAGUACCCCUUCCCAAUCCUCAUCAACUCAGCUCUCCUGAAGCUCGCCGACGUGUUCCGCCUGGGCUCAAACUUCCUCCGCGUCUGGGUCCUCCGAGUAUGCCAGCAAAGCGAGAAGCACCUCGACAAAAUCCUCAACGUCGAGGAGUUCGUGAAACGAAUCUACUGCGUGAUGCACUCGAACGACCCCGUGGCGCGUGCCCUCACGCUGCGCACCCUGGGCUCAGCGGCCUCGAUCAUCCCCGAGCGCCAGCAGGUCCACCACAGCAUCCGCCGUUCCCUGGACUCCCACGACUCAGUGGAAGUUGAGGCGGCCAUCUACGCCGCCAGGAUGUUCGCAGCGCAGUCCAAGCUCUUCGCCGUCUCCAUGUGCAGUAAGAUCUCGGACAUGAUCAGGGGUCAGGCGACGCCGGCGUCCAUGAAGCUCCAGCUGAUUCCAAUCCUCCAGUACAUGCACCACGACACGUCAACUGCGUCGAUGGUGAACGAGCUCUGCAUGGAGCUCCUCGCCAGCUACCCAGCAGUGGAGUUCGUCCGAGUGACCCUCUCCGCAAUGAGCACCCUGGCCUCAGCCACCCUCAUCAACGUCCCCACGCAGGUCGGCCUCCUCCUGACGUACCUCCGAGACGACCCCCGAAUCUCCGUGAAACGGCACUCCCUGAAGCUCCUCCUGCACUUAGCCAGAAGAGGAGCCCACCUGUGGCCUCGAGGGGCCCUCGAAAACCUCAUAGACUCCACCCUGGCGUCCAAGCUCUCCAUCACCGAGAACGGAAACGAAAGCAGCGAUCUUCUGCUCAGAACCCUGGACGUGAUCGAGGUGCUGAGCCAAAGUGCUGUCACCUGCGACGCCAACAUGGAGGAGAACAGCCCCCUGGCGUCCCUCUGCAUCGACGCUUGCUACUCCCACAAUCCCCUGGUUGCUGUCAAGGCGGUGACAGUCCUAACGAGAAUCGCCUGCUACUGCUACGAGGAGGGGCUUCCAGUCAGCAACAUCCAGCACAUCAUCUCGUGCCUGGAAUCCCUGAUUGUUCUGCUCGCAGUGGACGCCAACGACGACAGGAAUCUGUACCAGUUGAAGCUGUGCUUGGUGUCAACAGUGAAGCUGUGCCAGGCGCAUCCUGGACAUGCGCCUGUCUUCGUGGACGCCAUAGGGACGACUUUGAUGAACACUCAGUCGGACUCUGGCAGGGGGGAGAGGAAGCAGACGGCGAGUGUCUUGUGCGAGGCACUAGGCGCUAUUGGCAGCUUUGGGGAUAACGUACUGCUGCCGCUUCUCCCAGACGUCCUGGAGAAGAUUAAACAGCCGUUGGACGUCGACACCAGAGUGAUGCUCUGUACGAUUCUGUUUCAAAUGGUGGCUGGGGGAUACGAGUGGAACGACGAGUGCCUGAACGCCGUUGAGAGUGUCAUCCAGGCGGUGGACGGGUGGUCCAAAUACCGGAUAGGGAGGGGGGCUGCGAGGUACGGACACCACAAGAUUGCCACGAAGAUCUUCAAAGGACUGCGGGAGUCCGUGGCCUCUGAGCAGCUCCACUUCUGGCUGUCGGGGCUCGAGCUGAUGACCAGCGCAGAGAGCUAUCUCGAAGAGAACAAGAGCGAGUCGAGGGUUCUGAGGAAGAUCAGUGUCCUUGAGAAGCUCAAUGGUGCCAUCUCGAGGUACGCGAGCGCCUGCGCAGCUCUCAAAGCUGCAAGCACACCGCUCAAGAGUUUACAGUUUGCGAGUGAGUACGCUAAACUCAGGGGUGAGUUUCUACAGGCGUUGGCCCAGCUGGUGCACUCCUGCAGGUCUCUGUGCACCUCUCCACCUCCGGCAAUUGCGAGGUCAAUUGCUGAGGUGACGAGUGAUAAACUGCAGGUUUACGGACGAGUGACUUAUCAAUUGAGGAAGUCGGCUAAGGACUUUAGGAAUUGCGCGGAGAGCUAUCAGAAGCUGUAUCAGUCGGCCUUCGAUGCUGACCAGGGGAGUCUGAAUAAUAUCAAGGCUCUGCAGGAGAUGUGCAGGGUUAUGGCCAACUCGGUGGAGAGGGUGUGCAUGAGCUCUAAUGCCAGCGCUUAUCACAGGGGGAACGAGACUUUUGAGUUCUCUUUUGGGGAGUCUGUGGAGAUGAGGCAGUUGGCCAAGUGCUGUAAUGAGGUGAGGAGGCUGGCGCCCAAUGGGCAAGGGGAGGAGCAGCAGGUGAUUACGCAUCCCAGUGUGGAGGCACUCAUUUCGCAGGUGGUUCUGCUGGCUGGGGGCAAGGUCAGGCUGCCCAUGCCCAGGUACUUCUUCCAGGCACUGCAGGCCACUGUUGUUAAACUCUCGGUUUCACCGCAGCCCAGAGUUCUUGGGGAGCCUGUCUGUGUGCCACAGGGGUCGCAGCUCGCUCUCAAGAUCGAGGGGGUCUUGAGGCAUGGGAAGAAGGCCUCGCUGUUCAGGUCUGUCGCUGCUGUUUGCAUCUCCAUUUCUACUUCGCCACCGUCGAAGAUUAAUUCUGAGAACAGGGGUAAUGGGGAGGGGGUGAAUGGGGGUAAUGAGCUGCAGCAGACGGUUAUUCCGCAUAGGGACUUCUUUGCUUGUGAGUUCUUGUUGUCUUUGGGGAACUCCGGGGGAGCGGGAAACUCGGGGUGUGCGGGGGGCUCUGGGAGCUCGGGAGGGGGGAACAGCUCGGGGGCUAAUCAGUUUCAAGUCACUGCCAGUGCUAGCAUUCUGGAUAAGGAUGGCAAUGUCUGGAAGUGCGGACCAAGGUCUUCGCUGCAGGUGCGCGUCCAUGAGGAGCCGACCAAACGGAAACUGCCGUAGGGGGUUUAGGGGCUUGGGGGAGUUGGGAGGAAUCGAGUGGAGGUGGGGUGUUGGACGCUCUUAUUGCGUGAUGCUGCAAGGGGUUCUGUAAGUUUGUUGAUUAUGGUGGGCGGGGAAUUUGUAUGCACACUGCAAAUGUAAUUUUGACUAUCACAUUUGAGUCAGACACACGCACAAAAAAUUUAAUCGAAUGACCUAGCGAAUUCGAUAAACAAUUCUAUUGGAUUUCUAUGUGGAGAGGAUUUCGACUGAAUUUUUAACUUGUAUUUUAGUUUUGGCCUCUGCGCUGAUUCUACAUAAAGGAAUCUAUUAUGUCAAAAUGGUAAACAUUGAUCCAGCCAUUUGGACUAAGCACAAUAUUUCGAGAUUUUAUGAUAUUUUAUUUUUAUCAUUUGGACGUAAUGGAUUCCUUCAUGUAGAAUCAAAUAAUGAUCGCAGAGGCCAAAACUAAAAUACAAAUUGGAUCUUUAUUGAAUUUUAUAUUGGUUCUUAGUUGAUUGUAUUGAAAUUUCCAAUAAAUCAUAUUCUAUAACAAAAGUCAAUAGAGUUCGAUUUUCCUAUACAACUUAUUCUACUGAGAUAUUUUGUGUAAAAUUUCCUGAGCUGAAAUUUUCUAGGUUUUUUUUAUUCUAGUUUUCUUAUCUUUUAAUCGAGAAAAUGAAACAAAAAACUUUGAGAC